CAAAACUCCAAGUUACUUUCUUCAAUGGUUUACACAUCUCAAGCAAUGAGGUUUCGAGUCUAGACAAGAAACCACGUCGCCCGGAAAGCCGCGAACUCCUCGAACCAAGCCCUCCGAAGCAGGCUUGACGUCCAAUCAUUCCAACCAACAACGCUUUACUUCUCCACCUAAUGCUAUCAACAUGGACCCAGUCACUCGGUCAAAGCUGACGAUAUUACGUCGCCAGUACUUCCAACUGGUUGAACCUACCCAGCUGAGGUGGCCAGAUGUGAACACCCUCAAGUCUCUUAACGUUCAGUUGUGGAUUUUCGAGAACCUCUUUGAUAUGGACAGUAUUCCCACUGCUCCACCGGACCGCUAUCGAUUAAGGGUCUUGAAACUUCUUGUCUGCACACUUGAGGCAUCAAUCGGCGGUUCUGAAGAGGAUGAAAUAUCGGAUGAACUGAUGUCCACACUCUCUUCCCUAAUUAGCUCCAAUAUUCCCUCGGAAUCCGUUUUUGCUCAACAGAAAGCAUUCGUGACGUAUGCUUACCCUCCCCGCUCUACUGAUGACGGUCUUUCCGACGACGACUUAUCAGUAAAGCUUCUCGAGUCUCGGUCUGUCAUAUCCUCCUCCGGGACCACAGGCCUUAGGACCUGGGAGGCGGCUUUACUCCUCGGAGCGUUUCUUGCGUCUGAGACGGGCCGAAGAAGUGUUCAUGGGAAGAACAUCUUGGAAUUAGGGGCAGGGACCGGAAUGCUCUCCAUCUUCUGUGCAAAGCAUCUCUCGGUGUCGAGCGUUGUUGCUACGGACGGCGAUGAAGCCGUUGUCGAUAUCAUCAAAACAAACAUAUUCCUCAAUAGUCUAGAUGCAGAUGAGUCAUCUAACUCUUCUAUUCGGACCGCCGCUUUGAGAUGGGGAUGGUCCCUCGAUGCAGCGACUUUUGAGGAAGACUUUGGGAUGGAUGUGCCCGAUGUCCUUCUAGGUGCAGAUGUCACCUAUGACAGAUCCGUCAUUCCGUCCUUGGUUUCGACACUGAGGGAAUUUUUCAAGCUGAACCCAGCUCUGCGGGUGCUAAUUGCCGCAGCAAUACGCAAUGAGCAAACGUUCGAGAUUUUCCAAAACGCGUGUAUACGAAAUGGCUUCAACUUAGAGCUGACUAAAUUCCCGCCAGUCCCAGAACAUCUCCAGGAAGGUCCUUUCUAUUCAACGACAACCCCGAUUCAGAUCUGGCAAAUCAGCCGAUCCCAACCUUCACGGGACCCAUUUUCAUUCUGA